GCUUCUAUAUUCUCCACAUUGCUUCCUUGGCAUUCUCCAACUGCACGCAGACUGCACUACAGUCUCGCGGCGUGAAAAACUACUCUUUUCUUUUAAUUCUUUUAACAUACCUCGAAUGUGUACUCGCAUUUUAAAUUCAAGCUAAAUUCAGAACAAGUACGACUGUUGUAGUGAUCGUGACAUUGGUGAAAAUUGAAUGCCAGUGUGUCCCUGACAGGUAUUGCUUUCUCAUGUCAAUCUUUUUUUUAAGAGUGCAGAGGCAAAGUGUCAUGUGAGGAAGGUAGUUUCAGUCUGUUAAAGCAGUGAAUAGAAAAAUUGAUAACUACUGUAAAUUCAAGUGAAAAAGUGUAGUGUAGUUUCGUAACUAUCUUAGUUAAAAAAAUUAAUAAUUCAAUAAAGUUUGACGAUUCAAGAAAUGUCUCAGUUAUCAGAUGAGGGGAUCUCGUUAAUGGCAAUGGCCGCGUGAUCUGCAAAUCCUAAACGAGGAGAUAAGUCCUCGAAAGUGUACGAAAACGUCCUCUACGUGAUCUGAAAAUCUCUUUUGAGAUUGUAGUAAUAUAGGAUGGAGUGGCUGAAACGACAAGAUGUCAAGGAAGACAAUGACGAAUGUUUUUUUGAGGAAGAAUGUUCCAUAGAUGAAAACGUGGGUCUCGACAAUGUUAGCUCUGCAACUCUGAGGCCGUUUAAUUCGGACAUCAAUACUCCACGUAUCGACAGUUAUCGAUUUUCUAUGGCGAAUCUGGAAGAUUCGCAAGAUGUUGAUCUGGACGCAAUUCUCGGAGAACUCUGUGCGUUGGAGAGACGGUGCGAUGGGGAUAUUGCUGCAACACCCGUAUCUGACUCUCAGAGACAAGGACGCCCGGGUAGUACGAGGAUCAAUUCCGGGGAAAACACGGAGAUUGGAAAAAAUGACGGCGGUAUGCGCACCGAUAGUCCCGACAAUGAUAGCGCCUUUUCGGACACUGUGUCGAUGUUGUCGAGCGAAAGUUCAGCGAGUAGUAGUGGCUCCGGACAUAAGCCACCUCAGACCGCCAUGCACACAGCCCCACAACAACAAUCACACCAACAUGUUGAUGCCGCGGGUCGAGCAAAGGCAGAGAAAAUUCGCCUGGCACUGGAAAAGAUGCGAGAAGCAAGUGUACAGAAGCUUUUCAUUAAGGCGUUCACCCUAGAUGGAAGUGGAAAAAGUUUACUCGUAGACGAAGGAAUGAGCGUCGCACAUGUUUGCAGACUGCUUGCUGACAAGAAUCACGUUCCGAUGGAUCCAAAGUGGGCUGUAGUUGAACAUUUGCCAGAUCUCUUCAUGGAGAGGGUCUACGAGGAUCACGAGUUGUUGGUGGAGAAUCUGCUUUUGUGGACUAGAGAUUCAAAGAACAAGUUGCUGUUUGUCGAACGACCUGACAAGACUCAUCUUUUUCUCUCGCCCGAGAGAUUUCUUCUUGGACCAUCGGACAGAAAUGGCGGAGAAUACGACGAUCACUCACGGAAUAUUCUACUGGAAGAGUUUUUCUCUAUAAACAAUGUGGGAGUUCCAGAGGUGGAGGGACCGCUCUACCUAAAGUCAGACAGUAAAAAGGGCUGGAAGAGAUAUCACUUCAUUUUACGAGCAUCUGGUCUUUACUACUGGCCCAAGGAGAAAGCAAGAACUGCCAGGGAUUUAGUUUGUCUAGCGACGUUCGACGUCAAUCAAGUUUACUAUGGUGUGGGUUGGAGGAAAAAGUAUAAAGCACCAACGGAUUUUUGUUUCGCCGUCAAGCAUCCCAGACUGCAACAAGCAAAGUCGACAAAAUAUAUCAAGUUCCUCUGCGCGGAAGACAACGCUUCGCUGGAGAGAUGGAUGGUUGGCAUUCGGUUGGCUAAAUACGGAAGGCAAUUGAUGGAAAACUACAGGACUCUAGUGGAUGAGCUUGCACAAGAGGAUCUGGACCUCCUGGCUCACGCGAGGUCGUGCUCAGUCAGUUCCAUUGCAAUUCCCGCGAACCAAACGCAGUACAAUACGACAAAUGACAAUGCCAGGCAGUUUGUGGAGACGGUACGACACAAUGGAGAAACGAACAGACCUUACGAAAAUCAGAGGCAAAGUUACACAAGCGACGGAAGACUCAGCAGAGCCAGCAGCUCCAGUUCCAGUGGGUGCUUGUCGGAUGGUGCGCCCAGCAGUUGCGAAGUUGCCUUCGAGUGUGGCGAAUUUCCAACGGGAACCAUAAAAAGGAAACCAUCCAUGAAUCCAAAGCUUCCUCUAACUUCUAUCACGCGACAACUGAAAGAGGUCGGGGAGACUGUCAGAGAUGAGCCAGAUUCAUGUCCGAGUCCAACGAGUUCAGGAUCGGGAACUCUCACCAGGAGGCACAGUCGAAGAAGAAGUGGAACCGACUCUGAUGGUUCUGGCACUCUCAAGAGGCACCACCGAUCUGGAAAUGUCACUCCAGUAAGUCCUGUCCCACCAGGAACACCCGUGAGGGAAAGGUCAAGUCCCCUUAUUUACAACAGAAGCGAAAGUCAGGAAUUGAAAACUCCAACUAGUCCAAUUCAACCCUGUAUGAUGGACUCCAUAACGUCUCUACCACCACCACCUCCUUCACCAUCAAGAGUACUGGAAGAAGUUGAAUCAGACAGUGAACCUCUACCUCCUCCACCGCCGGAGAUGUUCCGAUCGAAUCUGUCUCUGGAUUCCCUUCCUCCACCGCCUGCACCCGGAGAAUUACCAUCCUGCAACUCUCCAGACCUGAGUGGCUCGUCUCUGAGUCUUGCCUCGUUGCCGCCUCCGCCAAGUCCUCUCGUCGGUGAAACCGGAACAAUUCGUCGUGCCAAACCCAAACAAUCCACCCCCACAAAUUCCCUCUCUCCAAACAGUACACCAACUCACGCCGCAGCAAGGCCUGUAAAUCAAAUUUACUUGGGUACAAACUCCAUCAUGAUGAAUCAAAACUGUGUAUCUCCCACGCAGAACAAUCAAAUUUACAAUCCAGGUCACACCAACAGUAUAGGUAACUCUUCCCCUCACAACUCGUUCUCAGACUCGAAUUGCAGCACGCCAACCUACACCCCCAGCUCUCCCAGCUUCGGCUCUCCACCGCCGUUCGUACCACCGCCAGCUUACGGCUCAGCGAAUCAUAUCAACCAACAGCUCUCGAGGCAAAACUCCAAGACUGAAUUGAUCUACGCCGGUCAUCAGAAUUCUCUUCAGUCGAUAAGGCCAAAUCCGAACAUGGACACCGUCAGGCGAAGUGCUCUCAAGCAAACCACGAGUCACUAUGCGACACCACCUUACCUGGCGGAACUGAAAGCCUCCUCAAGUCCUCAGUCCCAGCGGAGGGUCACGAUUCAAGAGCCUCCAAUUUCUCCAAAGUCAAAAACUGGAUCCAUCAAGAAGAUCACCUUCAACUUACCACCUCAGCAAGAACCUGGCAGUCCGGCUCUACCGCAGAGGAAACCCAUGCCUCCCAUACGAUCCGACAGCACCAGGUUGACAUCGCCAAAAAAGCUGGCCGCGUCCGACCAAGCUCCACCCGGAGAUUUCUUGAAGGACCUUCAAAGAGUCAUGAGGAAAAAGUGGCAGGUCGCUCAAAAGUGUAAAUUAGACUCAACUACAACGCCGCAUGAAGUGCUCGGCUUUCGAGAUCCUCCGCCAGCCGUAGCCGACUACAGAGAGACAAACGUUUCCAACUGGGUUCAGGAGCACUACGGAAAUGAUAACCUUUACGAGAACGUCUACAACACGGAUCCUAGCGCUCCAGUCGAGUACGCCGUGAGUCCAGCUCGACAGCCAACCGUGAGAUUCGCUGACGAGAACAAUAGUAUCAACAUAGUUAACUCAAUUGCUGGCAAGCGAAGACCUCCUCCCCCACCUCCGAAAAGAGCUGAAACCACGCAACUGACGACGAGAGCGAUGCACUGACAGUAGCAGAUAACUCAGCCCCAUCCCAAUAGGAGAUGGUAUUGCUGCAUCUGUAGCUGGUGGAAGCACUAAGUCGUCAUUCAUUUUUUCAAAGGAUCUUAUUGUGAGACACGAAAUUACAAUAAUUUUAGCUUAAAGUUUAGUCAAAGCGAAUGAACGGACGAAUGCAUGAUUGUACGAUUUCUACGUGGUUUUUCAAGUUUUGAAUAAACGUUGAACGAACCCAUUAGGCAGAUUUGGAUCGAGUACAAGAGAUACAGGGAAAUUGGAGAAGAUAUAUUAUAUAUAAUAAUAGGUACAAUGUCGCGAGAAAGCGACUUUAAAAUGUCGGCUAGUAUAAAACACUGCCGUUCGAGAUACUGAGGAUGUGAUAUAAUCUUUAAGCCAGCUUGACUCUCCGUUGUCAAAUCCUUCUGACCCUAAAAGUGUGCACUCUACCCAAAAAAAGGAAAAAAGGAAAUAUAGCACAAAAAAGACGCACAUUUGUAUCCGAUUUAUAUACAUAUAUAUUUAAUCAAGUGUGACUGGUCGCAUACUCGCAUAUGAUGGUGCAUCUUUUUUUAUACAAAAUAUUUAUAUCAAAUCUUUACACGAAAUCUUUAUAUAUACCAAACGCAUCGAAUCAUUUUGACGAACAAUUUUUAUGGCCAAUUUUUAAAUUUCGACAAUUUUUCAAUAACAUAAUUACAAUCCGUGAUGUGAAGGGGAUGACAAGUUUUUGUAAUCAAGGUGCUUUAUAUAGAGUCGAUGUCAUUUUGAUACAGAACUUGUGGUCGCAAGUGUUUUUUUAUACAAUCGGUGUAAAUCUAAAUAUAUUAUAGACAUAAGAAAAAAAAUCCACUCGAAUAGCUGAUUUAAAUUUCCAAAAUUCAACUUUGAAAGUGCUCAAUCGAAUCCAAUAAGUGCACGCAGCUCUUAUUCUUGUCAAAACUGGUUUCUUUUUGUAAAUUGGAAAACAACUUUACUGGUGGAAAACCGUUUUUUUUAAUGACAAAAAUGGACCAAGAUGACUAAUAAAAGAUGAUUUAUGGUUAAUAUAGAGUCCAAAAGUGUCCAAAAAAAAUUGACUCCAUUCGUUCGAAUUUCAAGUUUUUAUACUUUUCAGCUCUAAAGUUGUUAACCACUCAUAAGAAAAGUUUUGAUACUUCCCGAAGGAAUAGUGUGCUUUCUUUUUUGAAAUCAAGAAAAAAUAACUUUCAAUCAAACAUAAAUAUUACUAUAAAGAACUUUUUGAAACAUGUACAAAAUAAUAUUGACGCCAAUUGUAGAAAAUAAUAUUUUUGAUCACAAGUCAAUUGUGUCUGAGGCAUUUUUACACAAUUGACUUGCAAUGAGAAAAUGUUGCAUAUAUGUAUAUAUAAUACGCAAGGCGCACAUAAAAUGAAGUGUGUGAGACACUUUUUAUAUCCUGUGCGAUACGACAGGGCAUAGGUUGAAUGAUCUCGUUUAUGCCAUUACUUUAUAGAAAUAUACAAAAUAUAAUUGGAAUGUAUAAUCAAGUAAAGUGUUCGCGCAAUAAAUGAAAAAGAGAACAUGCUUUGUUAAUGUAUACAUAAGGAUAUUUGUUAAAGCUUAUUGUUCGAGGAUGUUCGCCGGUCAGUUGGGACAAAUAUUGACGCACAUCAAAAGAGUUUUGUGCCGUGGUUGGGGAACGAAAUCUUGAAUCAAUCAGCUAGAGGUUUAUUUAUGUGGCAAAUGUGUAAAAAUUUAAAUGGUCAACGAAAUGAGUGAUGUAUAUUUUCUAUGUGGAAGAAAGAAGGCGAAACUAUUUUUGAUGUGCCAUAAAGUCAAAAUUCAGAAACGAUAUGAAGAAGGAAGUUGAGACUAUUUUUCGGUUCAUGCGAUGUGGAACAUCGAAAAAAUUGCUUUGCAUUGUUUUGUAAACUAUUUUUCCUGAUGGAUAAAAUAAGGAGAAAAAAAUAUUUCGAGACUGCCGCUUUUUAUUUGUAGAUUUUUAAUUUAGGCGAUUGCAGUUCAAAACUGCUUUCAUAUAUUAUGUAUAGCCAACCGAGUCGAUUUAUCAAAAUUUUAAACGAUUAAAUUGUAAUUACUAAUUGAUACGAGUUUUUUUUGGAGGGGGGGGGGGGAAUCAUUCGUGUGUUCUGAAAAUAAUAAAAAUUUAUACUUGUAUACGUUAGGUACGAAAUAUCGCUGCCAUUUUUAAUGACUUUUAACAGAAAUUGGUGACACUGCGAUUGAAUUAUCACUCUCUCUAGAGCUCCUUUGUUCGCUUUUAAAAAAUUAUACAAAGAUUUUAACGAAAUGUGUUUAUAGAGAUGUGAGCAAUAAAAAAAAUUGACAAAAAGUAGGUCUCUUUAAUAAAAUAAUUGAGCCUCAGUGCAAUUGGCAAAUAGUAGAGAAAUUAAUUACAAAUGCUCGAUACGCAUGUGAAUGUUUAAUAUUUUUAUUAUUAUUUUUACGGUCUUAAUAACUUGAAAUGUUUAUUUUUAGCUGAAUGUAUGAUUUUGUAAAUAUUGUAACGAAUGUUUUACGCAUGUACUAUUUAUAAAGAUUAAAUUUAUUCGAAAAGAAAUUAUUAUUGGUACGUCCAGUCAUUAUUGUCGCAAUUUCUGUGCGUGAUAAUAUAUUGAUAAUAAACCGAUCUCGUGGGAGUUUGUUUCAAUUUUGUUGUAACGAUAUAUAAAUAUAUUAUAUAUUAACAAUUAAUUAAUAUUUCCCUACUGGUAACUAUAUCUAUUGCGCCAAUUGUGACAAUAUAUUAUUAUUUUCUGAAUCGAAAAUAAAAUUUCGCAGCAGUUGAAAACUUAUAGGUAUUAUUCAUGUUUUUAUGUAAAUAAAUUUUGGUAAAUAAUA